AUGGCUGGAACGUCAGCGAACGAUUUCCAGAACGGUGCGCCCUUCUAUCUCGACCCAAACCAGCAAGACCUCCUCCUCGCUGCCCUUGCAUCCAGCAACCAGAAUACAGAUGGUCUGUUUUCGAGCAUCGAUACCAAACGAUCCAUCACUGGCUCUCAAUUCCAAUAUUCCGUCGAUAGCCUCGAUGCAGCUUACUUUGCAUCGCCGCAACAAUCCACUCCUGCCACCAAUUUUAACAACAUUAGCAUUGAUGAAAGUCCCUUUGCCGAUUACCUUGAUGGCGAUAACAGUUUCGAUUUCGAAAAUGGUGAUAACAGUGAAUUAAUGAUUGGCGCGUUGCCCGGAGAUAGUCCCAGCGACGAGACAAGUGAGAAACGGAAGAGCCCGGAUGACGAUGCCGAAGACCCUGACGGUGGAGGGAAGCGCCGAGAACCAGAGGAUAAGACAGCAAAGAAGCCUGGCAGGAAACCACUAACAUCGGAGCCAACAACCAAACGUAAAGCCCAAAACCGCGCCGCUCAAAGGGCGUUCCGAGAGCGGAAAGAGAAGCAUUUGAAGGACCUGGAAGCCAAGGUCUCCGAGCUUGAGAAAGCCUCUGAUGCCACAAAUCAUGAGAAUGGGCUACUUCGCGCUCAGGUGCAGCGAUUGCAAAUGGAGCUUCGCGAAUAUCGUAAGCGCUUAUCGCUCAACAGCACCGGUCUGAAUCGCUCUCCGCCCGUGACCGGUGGCUUUAGCUCCCUGCUUGGAGGCGGUUCUACCGCCAACAAUUUCCAAUUCGAGUUCCCGCGAUUUGGUGGACUUCCUGGCGCCCAGCUCCUCGACAAUGGCCCUCUGUCAAAGUCAGCAAACAAACCUGUCUCCAUACCGUCAGCCAACCCACCAGCUCGCCAAAAUAGCACGGGGCGGCUCAGCCCAAGGAGUCAAACUAAUAGCACCAAUGCCAACUCUCCUGAGAAGGACUCUAGCACCACCCCAACGAACAGUGUGCAAACCUCCAGCAGCCUCAAUGGCCUGUUUAGUAACCAUACACUGCCCUUUGACUACAGCACGAUGACUUCGGGAAACAAGGUCAAUCGUGGUAGUAGUGACAGUUCCGCAAUGCAAUCUCGUGUUUUUCAGUUUAACAGCGGUUCAUCCACACAUUCAGAUUCUCCCUCUGCAUCAUCGAAUUCGCAAGCUGGGCAGGGUUCAUCCUGCGACACCUCUCCCGAGCCCAGCCACAACUCGCCCAACAAUCCUGCGGAUACAAUUACAGAUGGUUAUGUGUGUCAUGGAAACUCGGAAGGUGAGAUUACCUUCUGCGAAAAGCUCAAUAUGGCCUGCGGCAACCCACGCAACCCCAUUCCUCGUGCGAUGUCCCAGUCUGACGCCAACCCGUCUCCUGCAGCUCCCGCCAAGUCCACCAAGACCCCCUCUGCCAACGUCAACGGCAUCGAUUUCUUCGCCAACCAGAACGGAGGUCAGUUCGACCCAACCCUGUUUGGUGAUUACCGCGAAUCUCAAAACGCCAUCGUUGGUGAGGGUGACUUCACCGGUGGUUUCUUCAACGAAGCCUUCCCUAUCUCCGACUUUGGAAGCCCGUUCCAUUUCGGUGAUACGCCUACCGUGCAAAAGCCAAAUCCGUUGGAGGAAAUCGAACAACAGCAGGACGGACCAGACGAAGAGGUCGUUCCUGGGGAGGAUACUACUCGGAUGCUGAACUGCCACAAGAUUUGGGACAAACUCUCCAAUCGCCCAGACUUCAAAGAUGGUACAAUCGAUAUCGACAAUUUAUGCUCGGAACUUCGCGCCAAAGCUCGCUGUUCAGAAAGCGGCGUGGUGGUCGAUCACAACGAUGUUGAAGCAGCUCUUAAGCGCCUACCCAAGGACCAGUUAUAA